CAUGCAGACUUAUAUCAAUUAUAAUUAAAGAAUAGAAUGAACCCAUGGCACGGCUACCAUCUGCUCAAAAAAAAAAAAAUUGUUGACCCUAAGUAUCACAGCACAGACCCAUGUCAAGUCGGCUAUAUAAAUGUAUGUAUAUAUAUACUUUAUUUGCAGCAGACUGCUAGAUAUCCAUAAAUAUAUCCCAAUCUUCCCCAAUGUCAAUACCAGAACAGCAAAACGACGAGCCUAUCCUCCCUUCCCAUCACUUCUCCUUUUGCUAUUCUCCACAUUGCUUCAUUGUCGACUCAAACUAGCCAACUCAAGAGAAGCCUGUCUGAGUCUAUUCCUCUUCGGCCUCUCACUAUAUCCUCUUCACCACAAGCCAAUUCCACCUCUUAUAACGGCAUGUAACAUCAACGAGUAGUAUUCAAGUUGAAAAAAAAAAGGGAGGGGGGGUUGUUAUCGAGAUACUUUUUAUUUAGCGCUUCGAACGAAAGUUGGAAGAUGGGAGUGGUAGCCCUAGGCAGAA